ACAGGGGGCGCUGUUGUCACCGCGUCUACCCGAGGUCAGAGGUCGGGACGACGGCGGGGCUAUCACAAUGUCACCGCAGAAGGGCGAAUAUGUAAAAAUAAAAAUGUUUAUGUAACUAUUGUUGAUAUUUGCGACUCUCGUUGUUGAGGAGUCACACGCUGUUUGUCUGCCUAAUGCCAGCUGAAGCGUGAUGCAUCCAGAGCAGCCCAGAACGGGCCUCGCCCUGCAGAGACGUCGGGCAGAUUCAGCCCCUCGGGCCACGCUGAGCACCGGCCUACUGCAGGGCUUCAUCCAGAGCGCCAGGCCUUCCUCCUUCUGCUUCCUGCUCCCCAGGGUCCACGCAGCUGAUGUGGCUGCUGCCCAGCCUGCACAGAUGCCCUCUUCGUCUACCUCCUCCUCCUCCUCUUUCUCCACCAGUCCUGCUUCUGCACACAUCCUGUCUUCUAGCACCUUGCCAAGGAACAUUGGCAAGCCAGAAUUCCCAGACACGGGAUUGGACCGCAUCAAGGACCUCUUUGACAGAGAUGUGACACGGAGUUACCCAGAGGAGCUGACCAACGUUUUAAAGAGCGGCUUAGUUGCUGCAGUAGCAGGCAUGAUCUACGGAGGCCUGCCGGCAGCUCGCCAUGCCAGGCAGGGGUACAUCCAAUCCAACCAGGCGGCAAUCUAUACCAGCCGUCUGGACGCAGUGCGUUCGGCCCAUAAUGCAGCAAUCCGAGGUUUUGUGAGAUAUGGAUGGAGGUGGGGCUGGAGAGUUGCUGCUUUUGUCACCUUGUACAAUUCAGUCAGCACAGGACUGUCUGUGUACCGAGACAAGUAUACCCUCAGCAAUUAUGCUGCAGCUGGAGCUGUGACUGGGGGCGUUUUCAGACUCAACCUGGGCCUGCGGGGGCUGUUGGCGGGAGGAAUCAUCGGCGCAGUGCUGGGGAUUCCCACUGGUGCUUUGAUCAUGAGCAUGCAGUUGCUGUCAGGAGAACCUGCCAGAGAGAAGAGGAGGAGAGAGCGUCGGGAACUCUAUGAGCUCAAACUUCGGGAAUGGGCGGCCCGUCUGCAGCUGACCGAUGAGCUGAUUGGAGAUCUGAACGCCAGGUCUGUGGCGGCAGAAACCGUUAAGGACAUGCAAAGGAUCGAUGAGCUGCUCAGUUUACCGAAGAACGAGACUCAGGACUCAGGCAGCCAAUGACAGUAGCUGCCUUACUGCCCAGUUACCUGUUGCAAGUUGAAGGUGGGAUUACACAUCUGUGAGGAUAAAUGGGUCACUUCUUUGCCUGGACUCCACACACCUUCUCUUCUAAGCACUGGAAGCCACUUCACAUCAGAAUCAAAAGACGCUGUUAUUGUAUCUCAUCAAUUACUGUCAAGGUGCUCUUCAGUAGCUCUAGUGUGUGUAUGUGUGUACCUGUAACGCCUAUGUUUGUGAGGACCGCUUUGAAUUCUAGACAUUGGGAGAGAUGAUAUUGACUGUUUUGAAGGUUAUGAUUUGGUCUUACGAUUCAGGUUGGAGUUGGAGUUGGGCAUUAAGUUGUGGUGGUUAAAGCUAGAGAACAAAUUCCGUCCUUGAAGAUGGGUAGUUAUUGGGGGAAAAAUAUCAUACAUGCUCCUUUUCUCAGCACAAUUUUAUGUUAAAAGUGAAUUUUGAACAUACAAAAACAGUAUUCUUUAUAUUAAUUUAACUCUUCCACAAUGUUUUGUUCAAAUGCAGCGUCUGAUGAAGCUAAAGUGUUUGGAUAACUUGGCGAUCGGGAUUAAAAGUAAACUGAUUAAAAGUCUUACAGGUAUCAUAUCA